AUGUCCGAGCUAGGAGUAGCAGUAGGACAAAAGAUCGAACUGGCCGAUGGCUCCGGGAGGACCGCCUUUGUCCGCUAUGUCGGCGAGACCGCUUUCGCGCCCGGCACCUGGGUCGGCAUCGAGCUCGACGAGCCCUCGGGCAAGAAUGACGGCAGCGUCCAGGGCGAGCGCUACUUCAACUGCGAGAUGGGCUACGGCAUGUUUGUGAGGCCGACCACUUUCAAUUCUCCUACGAGGUCACCUACGAAACAGCUCGCCACAGCUUCGUCCAGCGGGAAUCCUUCACGCAGCGGAACACCAUCCACAACCACCAAGCCGGCCGGACCCACCACUCGAACACGCCCCUCUCUUAGUACGAGUCGACACUCGAUGGGGCCACCGCUGACUCCAACUACGCGAACAACUAGGAAACCUUCCGUAUCGUCUGUCGGUACCAGACCUUCGAUAGGCGCCACAAGGGCGGUGGGCGGUAGGGCAUCCAUGUCCGCGAGGUCGUCUACAAACCGCCUCUCCGACCCCAGAGAAUCGACUGGCUCGGUGUCUUCAGUAGGAAAGUCCGGUUUCAAGAGAGGUAGUGCCUCGCCUCGCAGUAGUGAUGAAGACCUGUCGGCCUCUCCUGUGCCCGCUAGUCCUGUGCAUCAGAAGACGGCCGCUCUGGAAAAGCUCACCGCCCCGGGUGCUGGAAAUGGUGGUGGCGGAGCUUCACCCGGCGCAACUUCGCCGAACCUUAAAGCGACCACCAUUACGCCAAGAUCUUCCAUUACGAAUACUGCGACUAUGAACAAGGAGAUUGAAGAUCUUAAGGCCAAGCUCAAGGUGUUGGAGAAGAAGCGCAUGGAGGAUCGCGAGAAGCUCAAUAGUCUGGAAAAGGUCAAGGCGGAGCGCGACAAGUUUGAAAGAAUUAUUCAAACGUUGCAGAUCAAGUAUCAGCCACAACAGCAGGAAAUCCAGGACCUGAAACGGCAAUUGAAGGAAGCAGAAAACAGACUCUACAAUGUCGAAGAGUUGCAGGCCGAGCAUGACACAGCCAUGGAGCUUGCCACCCUCGAUCGUGAAAUGGCCGAAGAGACAGCAGAGGUGCUCAAGGUAGAACUGGAUGCCCUCAAGCAAAAGAAUGAAGAGCUCGAGCUCGAAGUAGAAGUCCUCCGCGAGGAGAAUUCGGAGUUCACUAAUGGCAUGUCACCCGAGGAACGGGCGAGCACUGGCUGGUUACAGAUGGAGAGGAAUAAUGAACGUUUACGCGAGGCCCUGAUUCGUCUUCGUGACAUCACGCAGCAACAGGAGGAGGAGCUGAAAGAUCAGAUCAAAAGCAUGGAGGAGGAUCUACGGGAGUUCGAGACCAUCAAGGAGCAACACACGACGGCCAAGGAGAAGUUGGCGCAGACUGAAGCGAUCGUUGAGGACCUCAGAGAGCAGCUUAAUAACGCUCUUGGGGCCGAGGAGAUCAUCGAGUCGCUGACUGAGCAGACCAUGAACCAAUCCGAGGAGAUCAAGGAACUCAGGGCCGUCAUUGAUGACCUUGAAAGUCUCAAGGAGAUCAAUGAUGAGCUUGAGAUCAACCAUGUUCAGAACGAAAAGGAGAUGCAGGAGGAAAUCGACCUGAAGGACUCCAUCAUCGCCGAGCAGUUCCGCCAGGCCAAUCUGCAGAGGGAGAGCUUGGAGGAUAUGGAGUACACGCUUUCCAGAUUCAGAGAGUUGGUUACGAGCCUGCAGAGCGAUUUGGAGGAUAUGCGUGCUUCGCAUGCUGUCACCGAGAACGAGUCUGAGCAGCUCAACAGCCGCUCGCGUGCCAUGUUGGAUCUCAACAUGAAGCUUCAGAUCUCGGCUUCCAAGGCUCAAGUCAAGACUAUUGAUCUCGAGUUGCGGCGCAUGGAGGCCCAGGAGGCUGAGCAACAUUUGGAAAUUGUGAAGCUGUUCUUGCCUGAUACUUACCAGUCUGAUCGUGACUCUGUCCUGGCUCUGCUCAGGUUCAAGCGUCUGGCUUUCAAGGCCAACCUGUUGAACGGCUUCAUCAAGGAGCGCGUCAAUGGCCAACCGCACCCCGGCCAUGAAGACGACAUCUUUGACGGGUGUGACGCUAUUGACAAGCUCACCUGGGUGUCGGCCAUGUGCGACCGGUUCGUCAAUGCCAUUAGCCACUGCUCCCUGGAGCAAUUUUCCAGGUACGAGGGUGCCUUGUAUGAGCUGGAGCCUGUUGAGCGUGCCCUCAACGGCUGGAUUGACGGCUUGAGGCGUGAUGAUCUGAAGGAGAAGCAAUGUGCGGACGAACUCAAGCGCACCAUUGCGCUCAUGACCCAUCUUGGCGAGGUCCACAUCUCUAAUGACCUUGAGAGCUUCGCCGAUGAUGUUCACAUGAAGGCUUUGCUCAUGCAGAGCCAUCUCGAGUCUGCCGCUAUCUCGGUCAACUCGCUCAAGGCCAUGGUGCAGCGUGUUAUCCCUCCCAGUGGUGAAGAUGACGAGCUCGCUCAGUACUUCUCCAAGCGUGCCGAAGCUGUUGUCUCCCAGACACGCAGCGCAAAGGUGAUUGCCGGCAAGACCGUCCGCGCGCUCGAAGACCUCAAGACGCGUUCCCUCUCCCUCACUCCGGAUACCCUCGAAGCCUUUGAGCAAUCCGAAACCGCCACGCGCGACCUUGCCAAUAUGGCUCGCCAGAUCGGCCUCGACCUGCACGCCUUCCUCCACGAAGAAGGCCGUACCGAGCCCUACAACUACAUGGAAGUGCAAUCUUGCAUCCAGCGCUCGGCACAAGCCUCUUCCCCCACGGCUUCCUCGCCCGAGUCCGACCUCUUCAACACCUACCUCUCCUACCUGCGCAAUGCCACCUCCACCAUUUUUGACCUUGCCUCCUUGGCCUCCGACCUCGCCCAGACGCAGGAAUUCGACCGCACACCGGCGCCCUGGAUCCUGCGCUCUGCCGAGCUCAAGGCUGCCAAAACGGUUGCUCCCGAUAUCGACGACGAACUGCGUCGCUUGCGGGACGACAUCGCGGAGGCGCGCCGCUCCAUCGCCGUGCGCGAGGAGAUGCUUUCCACAGCACAAGUCAAGAUCGAGACGCUCGAAUCCCGGAUGCGCGACGCCAACGCCAAGGCCGCGCGCAUCGUCGACUUGGAGUCCGACCUGCAAGCCGCCAAGAAGGAGGCCGCCCAACUGCAGGAGGACAUGGAGAAGCAGGAUCGCGAGCUCAAAGCCCUGGAGAGCGACAGAGACAAGUGGAAGAAGAUUGCUUCCGAGUCGCGCGUCGUCGUGGCCGAUGGUUCCGGCGUUGGCGUCGACAACAAAGCCAGUGCUGAGCGUGCUGUGGCCACGGCCCGCGAGAUGGAUGCUCUCAAGAAGGAAAUCGAAGCCCUGCAGGCUGCUGUGCGUUACCUCCGUGAAGACUCACGCAGGGCGAGACUCAAGGAGCAGGGUGACUACGAAUGGCUUGCCGAGCCGCUGGUCAAGAAGAAGCCAUCGGUGCAGGAACAGCGGAAGCAGCUCGUCAAGAAGGAAGGAAAGGCCGUGCUUGGGGAGCUGGUCAAGCUUGUUAGCGGCGCCAAGGUGUUUGAUUUGGGUAGUCUGCCGGAGAAGGCGGAGGAUAGACUCAAGUGGAGGCCGGCGAAGACGACGCCCGGGUGGUGGGUGGCGAAGCAAAUGGAGGAUUGGGAGGCGUUGAAGGAGUGGGAAGGAAGUGUGAAGGGACGGGUUAGGGAGUUGGGUGGUGCAUCGGGAAGUAAGAAGGCGGAGAGAGAGGAGGAGGCCAAGAGGAUGGUGAGGAGGACGGCGGCGGCCAAGUUGCAGAUUAGGUUGCCGGGGAUGGAGAGCAAGGUUGGACAUGGUGGUGGUGGUGGUGGGAGGAGGGUACAGAUUGUGGGGAGUAGGGAGUGGGAGAGUUUGCAGGGGAGGCUGGCGGUUGUUGUUUGAUGAUGGGAAGUGAGAAAGCAAGCGAGCUUUGAUGAUGAAUAUGCUUAUUACUACAUUGUUUAUGAACGAAGUUAACGUUGUCAUGAUGGUCACAAGUUAUCAGUAUUAGAAAGAGAAAGGAAAAGUUGGCGUGGGAGUGCUGGUAUAGAUUUCUCCCAAAGAAAAGUGUUUCUCAACCA